AUGGCCUCAGCAGUGGCCGAGAGACGGCCAGGGGCCCAGGAGAAGACAGCCGCGGGGCCGGCACACCUCGCGGAGUUGUCCGGUGGCCACGCUCAGGGCUUUGAGUGUCCAGUGAUGGCUGACCCGUGCCUGGUACCAGCCUAUGAGGCCUGCCGGACCGUGGGUGAAGACAAGUGCCCAACAGGACCCGUCUUAGAGCUGGAGGUCCAGGAGGAACAACUCAAGCUGGAGGAAGAGAGGCUUAAGCUAGAGGUGGAGUCACUAGAGGAGAGAGGCCCCAGGCCUACAGCCUCCAUUGUGAGGGCCAGUCAUGGUCCGAAGAGGAAGCCGGUCAACCUCCCAGGGCCUAGCCACCAAGCCCAUCCUAGGGCUGAAGCAGAGAUGCCACACGGGCUGCCACUACAGAAGGAGGAAUCAGAGAGUAGCCAGAGUGAGCCCUUACCAUCUGCCAAACAGCACAAAAAAGCCAAGAAGCGCAAGAGUCUGGGGACCCCAGUGCUUCCAGCUCUGGCCAGCACGGUGUCUGCACCUUCAGAGACCUUGGGGCUGGAGCCCACUGCCCUGACCCGGGUCUUUGCAGGAAAGGCCCAACGCCUGCGGCCCCUGUACCAGUACAUCAACUAUUGCAAUCCGGAGCUGAAUCAGGCAGGGGAGGGGGACAGGGAGGCUGAGGCAGAGAUGGAGACUGAGCUGGAGCUGGCCCUGGUCCCCGCGGAAGCAGGUGUGGAGCAACUGCAGGCCUUGCUGCCUGUGGCAGGGGAGCAGUCUGCAUUUGGUCUGACCAGGAGGGUCCAACACUUAAGGUCCCCCAUUGAGGUGUCCAAGUUCAUCUGCCUACUGGAGGCCACGGCUGGACCAGACUUUGCCCUUAAGGUGGCCCCGCUAACAGAGGCAUUGGUGCCUUUUUCUUGGCAGCCAGGGGGUAGUGGAGGAUGUGAAUGUUCUCCCUGAGCCUUGCAGACAAACCACUGGAUAACCACAAAUAGGCAAAAGCUU